GCGGCCGCCGUCACCAUGGAAACGAACGCGCAGAAACGGAGCGAGAACAAGAAACCGCUCAGGGUGAAGGUGAUCAGCCUGGGGAGCGCCGAGGUGGGAAAGAGCUGUAUCAUUAAACGAUACUGUGAGAAGAGGUUUGUCCCAAAAUAUUUGGCAACUAUCGGAAUCGACUAUGGAGUUACAAAGGUGCAGGUGAGGGAUCGAGAGAUUAAAGUUAACAUCUUUGAUAUGGCGGGUCAUCCUUUCUUUUAUGAGGUGCGCAAUGAGUUUUACAAAGACACUCAAGGGGUAAUCCUUGCCUAUGAUGUUGGACAGAAGGACACCUUCGAUGCGCUCGAGAGUUGGCUUGCUGAGAUGAAGCAGGAAUUGGGGCCUCAUGGGAACAUGGAGAACAUUGUGUUCGUUGUCUGUGCUAACAAGGUUGACUGUGGGAAACGGCGUGUAGUUGAUGAGAGUGAGGGGCGGCUCUGGGCAGAGAGCCGGGGAUUCCACUACUUUGAAACGUCGGCGCAGUCUGGAGAGGGCAUUAAUGAGAUGUUCCAGAUGUUCUUCUCGUCAAUUCUUGACAUGUGUGAGAAUGGUAAACGGCCUCAAUCUAGUGUGAGUCUGGGGUUUACCAAGGAGCAGGCAGAUACCAUCCGCAGGAUACGGAACAGCAAGGAUAGCUGGGAAAUAUUGGGAAUGAAGCCCGGAGCAUCCAGGGACGAGGUAAACAAAGCUUAUCGGAAGAUGGCCAUGCUCCUUCACCCAGACAAAUGCCUCGCCCCAGGGAGCGAAGAUGCCUUCAAAGCAGUUGUCAACGCAAGGACUGUGUUGCUGAAAAACAUCAAGUAAAAAAGGAGAGCAUCACCAAAGUUGACUUUGACUCUGACACCAGAUAAGAAGCCGUCUUCUGCACAGACUGUGUUGCACCAUCUGUACUUCAAAUUUCAAAGGAAAGGAGUCAGAAAAUGUUAUUUAAUAUUUGGAUGUAGGUUGCAAGAUUAAUAAACCUGAACAUUUACACUUGGUGUAAUUCUUACACUGA